GGUAAGAAUGUUAAAAAUUGACAUAAAUAUAAAUAUUUUUGGCUUUUGAAAUAAAACAUGUUAUGAUACCGCUGGCUAACAAAUCCAUCGGAUAGAACGCAUAGAAUGUUCAAAUCGGCCAAAUCUAUUCAAGUUUCAGGAUGACAUUAACAAGAUAACCUCCAGCAGUUAUAAAGAUGUCCAGUUAAUAAAUUAAUUAUUGAUUUGUUCAUGCACGAGUGUUUAUUCCACAGUUGACACCGUUUCCAUUGAAGUGCCGAGUACAGUCGGAAGGUUAAGAGCCCGUUAUCACCUGUUAUCAGGCGUACCUUGUGACGCCCCAUUUGUUCGUUUGACCUGACACGAGUUAUCAGUACCAGCGCGAUAACCAAGCCAUCGUCACGGUCUACCUGUGGUACCUUAACAAUUGUUUUCUAUUACAAUUUUGUGAACAAAAAACUCUUGACUUUGGCUUUAAAACAUCCCCUUUUUAUGUGAAGUGUGUUUAAGAGGUGAGCAUGAGUGACAAAGCGAUUUUUCUUGUUAAGGUUAUGUUUUGAACUUUGACGUUUUGGGAGUUCAUCGUUUUAAGUCAAGAGUGAGUUGUGAAAAUUUUAAUGUUUGACAUAUAGGUAAUUUAACUAGGCAGGAUACUUAAAUCAAGUGAUAAGCAAAAAGUGUAGUGUGAAAAUAAACAGUGAAGUGUUGUUUAGUGCUUUUUUUAAAGUGUUGUGUCAAAUCCGCCAUUGUUAAUUCGAAAUGGAGGCGGUCCAAUCUAAGCUCCAGUCUCCAAAAGUGCAGUGCAGUGAAGUGAAUGAAAAGGAAGUGUCAGUGAAGGUCGAGGAGGAUGUGGAGGAGGUGGCCAGUAGAGGGAGCCAACGGGAGAACAGGCUGACCAGCAUCAUCGACCAGCUGAGGUGCCAGAGUGAGAUGAAAGGAAACGUCCAGCGGGAUUCCUUUGCCUUCACUUCUAGUAACGGUACAAGGAACAAGUGAAGCAGCAUGUAUAAAGUCGGGCAGUCGUCGCUGCGCCUGCGCAUGACACCACAAUGAAACCUUUCACCCGCCGCUACCUGCGCUAAUCUACAUCUUUAAUACGUUUCCUUUUACGCCCUGUAGAUAUGGCGCUGUUGUUCGUAAUCAAAAAUAAAUAUUUAUAUUCUAAAGAUUUAGAUUUGAGUAAGAGUGUAUAUAGUUAAUGCAAGUUCAUCUUGACAUCUAUAGUUGAAAUGAGAGUUUUUUAGUCUAAAAAGUGGCUGGGUUCACCUCAUCAUUUUUAUAGUAUAUCAAAUUUACGUUUUUAUAACAUUGCAAUUAUUUCAGCGUUGUGUUUUGGUCUUCAUCAAAAAUUAACUUGUAAUGUUUAAUUUUGAUAUGCAGAUUAAGAGGAUAGUUUGUUACUUAGUUCACCGUCAUCCAAGAUAAUAACUAAAACCUUUUUUUUAUAUAAAUGGACAUUUGAA